CGCCCACAAUCCCCAUCGCGGGACAGAGAAACAUCCAUUGCUCACUAAUGGAAGCCUUAUCUCUUGUACCACCUGUGCACCUAUUAUAAAUGGAGCUUUCUGCAUUCUCGAGCUUCAAAGCAGUUUCUAAUGUUUCGUUAUUCCCGUUUUCUUCCAAUCAAGUUUGGUACCGAAGUUCUCUUCUUCUUCGACGCCGCGACUAUGGCUUAUGCUGGAGUCCCAACUCAAAACCGUUUGUUCGGAUCAGGAUGUGCUCGGAGAAAGGUUCUUCGUCGAACGGUUACGGCGGAAUCGAGACCGGAGAACCGAAAUCUGACUUCGUCGAAGUGAUUGGCAUUGGCUCUCGGAAGGACGCUGUUUUUGAUUUCUGCCUGAGCUCGUCGUUUCAGUUACCGUCACUGCGGUUUUGGAAUGUCCUUAUGAAAGAAUCACAAGAGGUGCAAUUACAACAAAGGUCAAUUGAAGAAGAAUCUCAUCCAAGAAUUGUCAAAUCUCCAGUAUUUUUGAAGUCAUGCUCAAAGACUAUUGUCCUUGUGGCCAGUGCAGGAUAUGGCUUGUACCACACUGUUGCAGCUGAUAUUUUUGAAACUGUAAGGUCGAGGAAUGGAUUAACAGUUGCUAUAGUUUUGAAGCCAUUUAGAUUUGAAGGGCUUAGACGACAAGAUGAGGUGAAAGUCUUGAUGCAGAAACUUAAGGAGAACACCAAUUUACUUAUUGAAAUUGAUAUUGAUGCACUGCUCGAGAAAGACUUGUUGACUCUAGAUGAGGCCAUGAAGACUGCUAAUGAUGCAGUUUUGCUAGCUAUUAAGGCUGUCUCUGUUCUAAAAUCUGAGGUGCACAGGAAAUUUAUAGAUAGAUUGAAUGAUAGCAUGAAAGAGGCCAGGACUUCAGAAAUUAAUGGAAUAUUGAAAUCCUAUAAAGAAGCAGGGAUUGGAUUUGGAGCUGCAUAUAAUUUCGAAGCUUCAAUUUUGCAGUCUAUAUUUGAUAGUCCUUUCCUGGGUGUUAGUUUGAAGGAUCCAAAUAGCAUAGUUAUAUGCGUUGUUGCGUGUUCAGUGCCCAUCAAUGAUAGUGAUAUAGCAAUCUUUCUGCGAACUUUCCGUCAAACAACAGAAUACACAAAUGAUAUUAUAAUAUCAACAGUACAUGACCCUACUGUUGAGCCAAACCUGCUCAUAACAACAGUACUUACACUCGGUUGUUCAGAUGUGCAACGGUCUUCCCAGAAUGUUGGUAUACUGUCCAGACUUGCCAUGCGUUUUCCUCUUAUUUUUAACUUCUGGGGAAGACAUAAUCAGCAACAAGUUGGCACUGGGAAACAGACUGAAGUAUUUCCUCAUGAAGUGAUGAGUUCUGAUGACAUUGACAAGAAUACAAAUAAAAUUGCUACUGAGAACAUGGAUAACAAUCUUGACAAAUAUUAUGUAGAGUUGGAGCCACCAAUGAGCAACAGCAGCUCAAAGUUGUCUGCAUCAAGGGAUUCUGGGAAGAAUGAAGAAGUUUUAUUUGACACCACAUCCAGUUAUAACAUCCUUUAUGACUCUAUUACUGAAGGAGGUGACUCUGUUUUUCAAAGGGAACAACUUGAGAACUGGAAUCUAGGUCCUGGAUUUGAGGUGGCAAAGGAGUGGGCCCAAGAAAAAGCAGCUGAUGCGACACCCAUUGUUGAUAACCUAAGCAUCUUCCACCUUCCUGUUGGUGUGAGGUCUUCAGAAGGGUUGAAAGACUGUUUGGAAAUCUCCUUUAUAACCAAACAGCAUGAGCUGGAUACUGAUAAUGAUUUGAAAGCACAAACAUUAAAUGGAGGUAUGUCUCCUUGGAGUGCAGCGACUGAUGCAGGUUUGGAAGCAGUGGUGGAAUUUGCAUCUUCAAUUUUGAAAGGAAAGAAUGCUAAUAAAUUAAAGAAACAUGGAGUUCUAUCUGUUCGUGCUGCGUCCAUGUUGGAGGCAGAACGUGACGUGUCAAAAAAGUGGAGUCCUGUUGUGGAAAUGCAAUAUAGGGGAGGAAGAUACAAGGGACGAUGCCAAGGAGGUCUUCCUGAAGGGAAGGGGCGUCUUGUUCUCAGAGAUGGAAGUAUAUAUGAUGGUUUAUGGCGCUAUGGGAAGAGAUCUGGUCCUGGUACAUUCUAUUUCAAAAAUGGAGACAUGUUUCAAGGAUCAUGGAGGGAUGAUGUUAUACACGGCAAGGGUUGGUUUUAUUUUCACACGGGUGAUCGGUGGUUUGCAAACUUUUGGAAGGGAAAGGCUAAUGGUGAGGGACGGUUCUACACAAAGUCUGGUGAUGCCUUCUUUGGCAAUUUCAAAGAUGGAUGGCGCCAUGGGCAGUUUCUUUGUAUUAAUGCGAAUGGGACAAGGUUGGGUACACUGAAAUUUGGGAACAUGGUGUUCUUGUAGAUAGCAAGCAUUUAGACAAAUGACUGAAGUGGACAAAUAUGGUAUCCAAAUUUAUGAUUAAUGUGAAUCUUAUACUAAUCUUGUCUCAUUUUUUUUAAUCUUUGUUUUAUAUUUCUCUUUUUGUGUUAUGUAAUGACUGUUUUGUCGGUAUGCUUUGUGUUUAUUGUCUAUAAUUUUUGCCACGAAACCAAUCUGCUGUGUAACUCCCCAUCUGUAUCACAAUUCAUAUUUUGGGUUUUUUAAGUA